AUGGGAAAAAGUCACAGUAUUUCUCAAAACAAAGAAAAAUGAAAAAUAUUUCAAGAACAAUCAUGCCAGACUGAUGAGAUUACCCUUUCAUAUCAAAAGAUAGCACCUACUAAAGAUUGGGAAACCUUUCUUCCUGAGAAUGAGGGCAUUGUCAUUAAGUUACAGGCUAUCUGGAGAGGAAGUAUUGCAAGAAAAACAUUCAGAACCCCGAAGGAUUCUCAUAAUAAAUCAGUUGACAAAAAGGGUAACUCAGACCCCAAAUACUUCAAAUCCGAGGAUGAAUCUGAAACUAUUCAAAAAGGAAAAGUAUAUAACUUCGACCAGCCCAGAGUUAUAAAGAAGUACACCUACAAGUCAGGAGCUGUGUACGAAGGAGAGUGGAAGGGAGGUUUCAGAGAUGGUAUUGGUACUCAGAAAUGGCCAGAUGGAGCAACUUACGAAGGAUCUUGGAGGUUCAAUAAAGCUGAAGGUAAAGGCAAAUUCACUCAUGCUGAUGGAGACAUUUAUGAAGGCGACUGGGCAAACGAUAAAGCUAAUGGGUUUGGAGUAUAUAACCGCAAUAAUGAAGCUACUUACCAUGGCCAUUGGAAAAAUGAUCUUCAAGAUGGUAAAGGAAUUGAAAGAUGGACAGACAAUUCAGAACAUGAAGGGGAAUACCAAAAAGGUAAAAAGCACGGCUAUGGGGUGCACAAAUGGAACGAUGGCAGUAUUUACGAAGGCCAGUGGGAAGAUAAUAAAAUGUGAGGUGUUGGAAUUUACAAAUUUUUUGAUGGCAGAAAAUAUAGAGGAGAAUGGAAAGAUAAUAACAUGGAAGGACAUGGAUUUUAUAUUUGGAGAGACGGCAAAAAGUAUCAAGGUCAGUAUAAAGAUGAUAAAAAGCAUGGCUAUGGGAUUCACAAAUGGGCUGAUGGAAGAACAUAUGAAGGAUCUUGGGCUUUAGGUAAACAGCAUGGUCUUGGUCGAUACUUAUGUUCUGGUACUGUCAAGUACGGUCUCUGGGAGGAAGGUGCCCGAAUCAAAUGGUUUAAUCAACAAGAGGUAAAGAGAAUUAAAAAUGGUGAUGAUUCUUGGUUCAAGCAAAAUUGGAACCAAGACUUGCUUCUCCUCUCCAAUAAGAGAGUCGCCUUUGGUAUGACAGAAGGGGUUAAAAAAAGUUUGGAAAAAGUAGCCAUAAAGAUUGGAAAAAUGGAUCAGCUUUAAUUUUUAUGAAGAAUUG